CCAUGACAUCAAUGAGGUCCAUCGGGUCCAUGCCAUGUUAUCCCGUGAUGGUUGAAGUGCUCCAUCUAGUGGACGUAUCAUGAAGCACAGCGUCAGUUUGUGGAAAUCAUUUAUUAGAGAAAUAUACGAUUUGAGCACGAUAAGAAGAAUUGUAAGUAACUAAAUAAUCAUAAUAAUAAUAAUAAUACCAAAUGGGAUGAAAAUGAAUAGAUGAAGUGAGAAUAAGUAAAGACAAAAGUCAAAACCGUUGAAAAUAAAAAUAAAAACGUUAACUGUGAAAAGACUGUAUGACCUGUAUGAUCCAUCCAUCAUUUAAUAUUCAUCCCACUCACUCAAUUCAUCAUUUCCCUCUUCAUUAUAGACAACCAAAAUCACCACCGCUCGUCCAUCCAACGGGCGUCAUGACAACCACGUCCACCUUUUCUGUAAAAAAAUAAUGUAAAACAUAAUUUCAAAUGACCUCUCAUUUCAUGAGGAAGGAUGUAAAACCUUCAAAUCUGAGUAAACCGUAUUAAAUAAAGUUGUAAAUCAUAUUGUGUGACGUUGUCAUGGUGACGUGUGGCAGCAAAGCGCUGUCCCUUCAUGUUACACCACGUAAAGCCCUCACAGACACCAGUGCCCUCAGUGAAGUCCCAGACGAGUCGGGUUUGGGAUGUCGGGGGCGAUUGGGACUGCGCCCAGGUGUGUGUGCGCUCGGUGGGGGGCGGGGGCUCGUGGAAACAGGCUGCAGGUGUUCCUCAUGACUAAUCAGUGCAUGGAGCAUGUGGACCACAGUAUAAGAGCAGAGGAGCCACACUGGAUCAGUACAAGCUGCUGAGGACCAGUUGCUGCUUCUUUUCCAAACAUGGUGUCUGAAGUGUCUCUGAGGGUCUCCUGGAUCUGUCUGCUGAUGUUUAGUAGUGGACUUUGUUUUCCUUUCAAGAAAGACUACAAAUACCCUUACACGAGAGUAUCCACUGGUUCUGCAUCAGAACUAUCCGAUGACUCUCCUUCUGAGAAGACCUUCCAGUCUGGCCCAGAUGCUUAUCGGCCUCCUGCUGCCGGCCCCUCCACUGGAAACCAGUCUCCUCCCAGCAAGACUACUAGCUCGUUCCCCAGAUACCAGCUGAGCCGAUUUGUCGGUCUGGAUUCCAGCACCACCAGCACGGCUCCUGUGGCUCCUCCCAAGGUUCCAGGGUAUUCUGCCUAUGCUCCUCCGGCUGGUGACGCUUUGAAGAAUUCACCUUCUGGGGCCGGCCUGCUUGGUCCGGGUCCUUACCAGGCUUGGCCCGCGGCUGGCGCCGACUCCUCAUCCCACAACCAGCAGCAGUCUUGGGUUUUCCCAGACUUCAGCGUCUGGGAUAAAGCCGCCGAGAUGCCGCCACGCAGCCAGCGUGGGCCUUCUGGCUGGGCUCCCUCGACCCUGAUCACCCAGUCUAGAAACGGGUACUGGAGAGCAGCGGUGCUGUCCUCCCGCUCCAGGUACUCCCCAGAGUACCCCAAGCCACCAGUCGACCAGUCCCCCAGGGACCCGGUCCAAAGGAAGAACGCAGGUCUGAUCAGGUGACUUUUUUUUGACAGCUCCAGUUGAGUGUUUUAAGAAACGUUAAUAAAAAAUUGAGAACCGAU